UCGUUGCAUUUUUAUUUGUUUUUUAGUAUAAGCGGUGACAAUGACAACUGAAGUUGGCUCAGAGACUGAAGUAAAGAAAGAUUCUGAGCAGGUGGGACCAGACAAAGCCAAGGACAAGCCUGAAGAAGCCUCAGAAACUCCAAGAAAUGAUAAAUCCAGGAAAGCAUCCUCCGAAGAAACUCAAGAUUCUCCUGUCCCAGCACCAACAAGCCCUAGUAGCCCAAGUAGCCCGAAGAAGGAAAAAGAUUCAUCUGAAAGCAAGGGUAUUUCUCGUUUUCUUCCUCCCUGGCUUAAGAAACAAAAAUCCUAUACUUUGGCAGAGCCCAAAGAUGAGGCCAAGAAAAGAGCAACAGGGGAAGAACAAGUAGCUGAAGAAAGUGAAAGCCAUCCAUCUGAGGGGAUGGCUCAGCCAAAAAGGAGCUUGGAAACAGUGGCUGAAAAUAAUGCUAAAGGAGAUGACAAAGAAGAAAAACAUUCUGUUAGUAGUGCAGAAACACAGCCUGCCAAAGAAGAUGGUAAAGAAAUUGAAGUAGAAAAGGUUGCAGAAGAAAAAGAAGAAAAGGAAAAAAGGGAGACAAAAGAAGUGCAGACAGCUGAAAGUAUUCCCCAGAAGCCUCCUAAGAAAAUUAAAACUGUGCAGUGUAAAGUGGUGCUCUUGGAUGGCACAGAAUACAACUGUGAUCUAGAGAAAAGAGCAAAAGGACAAAUUCUAUUUGACAAAGUGUGUGAACAUCUCAAUUUACUGGAAAAGGACUAUUUUGGGCUGUUGUUUUAUGAGAAUUCAGAUCAGAAGAACUGGCUAGAUUCUUCAAAGGAAAUUAAGAGACAAAUUAGAAGUUUACCUUGGCUGUUCACUUUUAAUGUGAAAUUUUAUCCUCCUGACCCUUCUCAAUUGACUGAAGACAUCACUAGAUAUUUCUUGUGCCUACAGCUUCGCCAAGAUAUUGCCUCUGGUCGACUGCCAUGUUCUUUUGUGACUCACGCCCUCCUGGGUUCAUAUACCCUGCAGGCUGAAAUGGGUGAUCAUGACCCAGAGGAGCAUCGUAGUGACUACAUCAGUGAAUUUCAGUUUGCACCCAAUCAAACUCAAGAAAUGGAGGAAAAAGUAGCUGAGUUACACAAAACACACAGGGGCCUGACUCCAGCACAGGCGGAUUCCCAGUUCCUAGAAAAUGCGAAGAGGCUCUCAAUGUAUGGAGUGGAUUUGCAUCAUGCCAAGGAUUCUGAAGGCGUGGAUAUCAUGCUGGGUGUAUGUGCUAAUGGACUACUCAUUUACAAAGACAGACUGCGAAUCAACCGCUUUGCUUGGCCGAAAAUUCUGAAGAUUUCCUAUAAGAGAAGUAAUUUCUACAUCAAAGUCAGGCCAGCGGAACUGGAACAGUUUGAGAGCACUAUUGGAUUCAAAUUGCCAAACCAUCGGGCUGCUAAGAGGUUAUGGAAGGUUUGUGUGGAGCACCAUACUUUCUUCAGACUUUUAUCACCAGAACAGCCUCCAAAAUCAAAGUUUCUAACCUUGGGUUCCAAGUUCCGCUACAGCGGACGUACGCAAGCACAGACACGGCAGGCUAGCAACCUCAUAGACAGACCGGCUCCUUACUUUGAGCGCUCUUCAAGCAAACGUGUUUCCAGAAGCCUUGAUGGUGCUACCAUGAGUAUCUCAGACCAAAGUCUGCUAAGAGACUUCCGUACUACAAGAGGGCAGCCUGGAGGAGACAAAAUCAUUGACCUUGAAGCUGCUGGACAAGCCAAGUUGAAAGAAGGUGGCAGAGAAGAUGAUGGAAGCCCACUCAAAACUCCACAAUUAGAGUUGAUUCAGGAUGGAAAGAAUUUAUUUCUUCAGCUCACUCGCAUACACCCACCAUCACUACCCAUCCAUUCUGCAUCAUCACAUCUCACAAACUUGUCACCUAUCCCUGAGAUGGACAUGCUUUCAGAUAUUUCAGAGGAAGAUCUUCUCUGUGAGCCUGUCCUUGCCAUUCCAGAUGUCUUGGAAUGUAAUUCUAUGAGAGAAAUUCCAGAUCAUAAAGAAAAUAAAAUAGCUCCACCGAACAAUAACUUUGAAUCUAUGAGAGCCCUAGCUAGUCAAGGCCCUCCUGCCAUGGAGGGAAAAAUCUGUAGAAAUGAAUACAAAAAUACUGAAUUGUGUGUCUCAUUCAGCUUUAUCAGAUGCUUUUCUUUUUGUUUCCGAUCGCUGCUUGAUGAAGAUGGUUAUAUUAGUUUUCCUAGCCUUCCUGAUGUUUGCAUCUCUUUCCUCCCACCUGGUCUUCAGCACUAUGUUCCUAUCACCUCUCCUUCCUUCAUCCCUUCUUUUCUCCUUAUCUUUGUGCUGCUUCUCUCAGCUUUCCAGUCUAUUCCUCUUUCACUCACAUUUUCCCUUCCUCUCGCUCUGUCCCUCUGCUACCUGGAGCCUAAAGCGACUUCAUUUAGUGCCUCUUAUGACAAUGACCUGAAUGACAAAGCAGAGGAAGAGGAGGUGUGUAAUUCUGUUGCUUAAAUGUUGACUCAAUGUAUAGCCAUUAUGCUAGUUCUCCCAGAGGCUUCCUCAGUUUUGCACACUGGCAGGGAUAUGUGUAUGUAUCUUUCUAACUUUUUCUGUUUUUGAAAAACUGCCAUUCGGGAAUCUUUAGUUAAUAGGUGGGGUUUUUUUGCUUUUGGUUUUUUUGGGGGGGUUGGUUGAUUUUUGCCUGAGUUCAUGCAGCAAGCAUAAUUUUCUGAUCUUCCACUCUACUAAGGUAGAGUUGCUUUGUAGUUCAAAAUGUUUAGAAACAGAAAAAAACUGAAAACUGUUGUGAAAUAAUAUACUUAAUAUUAUUAUUACCUGAUAAUAAUUGCAAUUUGCAUUACUUGCACUGUCAGUUUGUGUGUUAAAAUGCUUAUCUCCUCAGUGCAUUCACUUUGCAGUGCACAUCUCAGAAGUUAUGUGAAGAUCUGAAAAGUGCAAUUCCUAAAUGCUGAAUCCAAAAACUAUUAUUGUGAUUUCUUUAAAAGUAGCUUUUGCUAUUAUAGAUUUUCAGAUGUUUCCGUUCAACAAAGAUAUGUUCAAAGUUGAGUCUAAGAUUUUUUUUUUCUGAAGUACUUUCAUUAAUCUUUAGCAGUAGUUAAGGCAAAGACUGAUUUGAUUCCUUAGCUGAGAUUUCAGGUUUUGCCAGACUUUAAUCACUGAACUCUGAACUGUCUUUGAAAUACACUAUUAUAAUUGCUAUACAGAAGCCUCUUUCACAUUAAUAUGUUGCUCUGAUCAUCUGGAGUGAUUGACAAAAUGCCUCCUUUUCUUUACUGUACGUGUUAGAACAACAACACCAUGCACUAGAAAAAAGUGGUUUAUUUUGAUCCUCAAAGUAAAUGUAGAGCAAUAUAAUGGAAUCAAAAAUGGGGAAGAGGGCCUGUUCAAUGUUACAUUUAAUGAACUUGCUUAAACCAAUUCAAUCAAUAGUUAUGGUAUAUAUUAAAAACUUGCUAAAUAGGACACACAACUCUAGUUUAAUAAUGAAAAACAUUACUUUAAAGAUUUUCUUAUUUUUCGGUGGUCUAAAGCAAUCCAUGAUAAAAUAAAGUUUCAGACAGUAGAAUCAUAGAUAAGUGAGAAAUGAACAAUAAUGUGAUAUGUAUCACAUCAUGUGUGCGUUCACACAAUCUAAAAUGCAAUAGUACAUGCAGUAAGUAAACCACUCUUCAAAUGUGCAUGUUUGCACACAUUGACUUUUCAAGAUGGCUGGUAUUUGUACCUGUGGCAAGGCUGAGAUGAGAGGUGGUUUGCUUUUUAAAGAAUGCCUUUCCUUAGGCCAUUCAGAAUACUUGUGAGUAAGAUGAUGAAAAUCACUUCCAGCAGAGUGCAUUGCAGUUUGAGGAAGAAUAUAUUCACCUAAAAAGAGAGUUGAAGCUCAAAUAACUCAUCUCAAAACAACAAUAUUCCUAGAAUAGUUAAGACAACUUCUGAGUAUGUUAUUUAGGUGUUUAACUUGAGUUCUAGACUGUUCUACCAAAAAUAAGUCAUGCAUUGUAUUCCAUUUUCCCAUCAAGUCACUGCAGGGCUUAAGGUUUUUAUCAUAGAAAUUAUACAUACCAUCUUUUUCUGUCAUUCAUUUUUUAAUAUCCAUCUGAGAUAACACUGAGAAGCAAGUGGGACAUAGUGUGAAACUUUCAUUUUUUCAUGCCACAUACCAAGUAUUACUUCAGCCAUUCUACAGCAAUGUAGGUGAAGGAAGACCAAAGUCGCUUAAUAAUUUCAACAGCAUCUGGGGCCGAAACAGUAAAGGUCUGUAAAUAAUAGCACGCUUUGCAGCAUUUACAAAGAGAUGAUGCCUCUGUUAUUCUGUAAGCGUGUGUUAAUGGUUCCUUUUCUUGAUAAUUUACAAUGUGCUUACGUAGGUGGAAUCUGAAGAGGAGGAAACACAAAAGAAGGUGCAUAGGUUUUGUUUGUUUGUUAUUUUUA